AAUAAAAAAAAUUAUUGAAGCUUUUUUUUUUUCUUUAAUCUAAAAAAUACAGCAUUUUUCUUACAAGAGCUUUUUUUUUUUUAGACUGGAUUUUGUUGAUUGAUAAGGUCAUCAAAAAUCAAACUGCGCAAGCUUAAAUCGCAGCCAUUUUUACCCUUCAUUCCUGCUACUAAAAAUUACCGAAAAAAAAAAAAAUCAUUAUCAAUAAAAGUUAUCAAAUAACUGCUUUAAAUUUUGAUUAGCUUUUAUAUUUUUCGAGUCAUGAAUUGAGUUGAUUUAAAUAGAAAAAAAAAAAGCACAGUUGAUUAGUUUUGUCUUUAGAAAUAUUAUUAUCAAUCAACCCUGUUAUUACCACCCCCUUGGGAGGGUUAAAUAAUAAGGGAGGAUAGUUCAAAGCAAAAAUCCUAGACGUCGGUCAAAGUCAGUCUCGGUGUAGCUAUAACACUAUACACAACGAUAUUCGUGAAUGUUUCACUCGAGAGAAGUAAAUUAUAGAGUACGUCAAAGUCAUCCGCAUAGACGUAAAUGUCAGGAGGAUAUUUCUGAGGACCUGCAUACAAAUUACCACCUCGAUUUACCAGUUAAAAAUUAUUACUAUGGCGGUUCGAAUAUUGGAUGAUAAUCACCUGGCAAUAAGUGCAAUUGUAACAGUUUGUAUGCAAUUAUUUUUUUUUGUCAUUGCUGCAACAUUUCAAAUGGAUAAAUUAACUGAUUUUGCUGGUGGUAUGAAUUUUAUUAUUCUCGCAUUAUUGACAUUUUUUCUUGGAGCUCAUGGAAAGACAUACGACAGUAGAAAAUUAAUGGUGACAUUUAUGGUGUGCAUAUGGGGAGUAAGAUUAUCAGCUUAUUUAUUGUACAGAAUUUUAAAAAUUGGAAGAGAUAAAAGAUUUGAUGAUCGUCGUAGUAAUACAAUUCGAUUUGCUGUAUUUUGGACAUUUCAAGCUGUUUGGGUUUAUGUUGUUAGUUUACCAGUAAUAUUUAUAAAUUCACCACGACAUAAACUUCCAUUUGUACCAAAAACAAUGACAAAUUUAGACAGUGCUGGAACUGGAAUGUUUAUUGUUGGUAUAUUAGCUGAGACAUAUGCUGAUUUACAAAAAUUUGCAUUUAGACAAGAUCCAGUUAAUAAUGGUAAAUGGUGUGAUGAUGGUCUUUGGAAGCUUUCAAGACAUCCAAAUUAUUUUGGUGAAAUUGUUAUUUGGUGGGGUAUAUUUGUUAUAUCAUUAAAUGUACUUGAAGGACCAGAAAUGAUUGCAAUUGCUUCACCAAUAUUUACAACAAUUAUUAUUUUAUUUUUAUCGGGAAUGCCAUUAUUGGAAAAAGCUUCUGAUGAACGAUAUCGAGAUUAUGCUGAAUAUAGACAGUAUAAAAAUUCAACUUCUCCAUUGAUACCAAUUCCACCAGCAGUAUAUUCAGAAGUACCAUGGUUUUUAAAAUUUAUAUGUUGCUGUGAAUUUCCACUUUAUAAUUCACUUGAUGUUAAACCAAGAUCAGCUGUCACUGAAUCAACUUCAAUCAGCCUCGCAGCUUCCACGUAGCUAUAAAUUCACGUCGGGUAUUCGACUUUUGAAUCCCGUCGUGAAGAUUUAUUCAAUCAUAAAGCAUUAUAAAUUUUUAUUUCAAUUAUUAUUUGCUUUUGUUAAUGAUAAUUAUUUUUUAUAUUUUAUUUGCAUAUUAUAUAUUUUAUAAAAAUUUACAUGCACAUUUUAAGUUUUUUUUUAUCAUAGACGUUGUCCAAUCAGCACUUUGAUAGUGAAGCUAGUCCAAGAUACUUUAAAAAUAAAUAAAAAAAUCAAGCUAUUUUUGCUAAAGUUUGAAAAAAUAAAUGUACAUAGAAUUUAUUUUUUUAUUUAAUUGCAAAUAUAUAUUUUUUUUUUUUUUUGUUUUUUCAAGUUAACAACAUAGCACACUAUUUUUUAUUUAAAAAAUUUUUUUUUUGUUUUAAUUUAAAUUUAGAUUAAAAGAAAAUGACAUUUCAAGAGAAAAAUUUAUACAAUGAAAUAAAUGAAAUUCAUUGACUUUAAGCAAGGGGUUUAAUGAAUGCUAUUUUAUGAAUAAAAAUUCUUUUCGAUAUUUGGGUAA